GCAGAGCAAAAGGAAAACAUUUCAACUCAACAAACCACUGCGACUAGUUAAAGCACUUUAACUACAGUUUUUCAAGUGACUAAGAUGUAUCAAACUGAAACCAGCGCGGUUCUUAAGAAUGUGGGAGCCGAUGCAGAACUCAUCUCUAAUAACAACUUAAAUAACAAGAUGGAUCUGCUGACUCUGGUCAAAGUCAGUGAGGGAAGAUUCUGGCCCAUACCAAAGUACAAGCCUAUGGAGUUCAGCCUGUCUGAGCUGGCCGAGCUUGAGGAGGAAGAAGACACAUGUAAAGAUUAUAAUGAGGAGGUCUUGGUGAAGGAUUUCACGACUACUAUGGAGACAAAGGGAAGUGGAGAAAUUGGUGGGGGAGAUGAUAUUGUGGGUAAAGCCAAAAUUGAGGCAACUGGUGAUACCGUGGAUGGACUGGAACAACCUGUGAGCAUUAUAAAAAAGAAAGCCGACAUUAAAAAACUGAGGAACAAGUUCAGUGGCAGGAAAAUAAAGAAGGAAAACAUGGAGUUACUGGGACUGAAGGACAAUGACAAACUGACUUUUGUUUACCAGAAAGUUUACAACAGCGGGCCUGUCAAGAUGAUUCGAAAGUCUAACAAGAGUGGGUCCAUCUCAGCCUCCUGUCAGAAGAUGCUGCAUGUUCUUAUAAAGGGCAGCAAGAAGGAGGUGACGAGCUUCACUGUGCCGGAAAACUCCACCUUUGGUUUUGGUCUCAUGGAGCUAAAGAUGGAUGAUGAGGAGCUGAAAAUCACAUGUGAACCCUUUACUCAUAAAACAGGUUUAUUCGGUCUGUUUGCCAACGAUGCCAUCAACUCCAAAGAGAUGCUGCACAAAGUGAAAGAAGAACUGGAGACGAAGGAUCAUCUUCUGCUGCCGCUCGGAGAGCUUCCCGAGUCGACCCGUCGUGAUCUGCUGAAGAAGCUCAGCGAGCUUGCUGAGGACGGAGAUACUCUCUCUCUGCUGGAACAGACACUGGACCAGUGCACUAAAGGAACCUCUGAGCAUGUCCCGUCUGAGGCUGUCUCCUCCUUCAUGGACCUUCUUGAUAUCUCAAACAUCUCCAGUGCUGUGAAGGAUGCUGUUCACCUGUUGGUCAGCACAUUGGACACUCUGCCAGAUGAAGUGCCACCACUUCUGACCUGCUGCAGUCCAGACACUCUGAGAGUGCUCAACCAGCUGGUGGAUGGUCUGAAGGACAGUCGGGCCAAACUGCCAGAGUCCCUGCCCGUCCCCCUGCAGGAGGGAGGGGAGCUCCGCUGGGCGGCCGAGUUCAUCUGUUUGAACGAUCAGAAGCUGAAAGAGUUGAGUGACGGCUGGGACCGGCCCGAGCUGCCCCCAGAGGUUCUGCUGGAGGUUCUGUGCCUCGCUGUGCAGGGACUCAGCCUGAUGCAGCCCACAACAAACCCUUAA